AGCAGCUAUUGUGGUGGCGGGGCGCGCGCGCCGUGCAGGUCCCGCCUUCUGGUCCUGUGGGGACCGACGCGGAUGGAAGCUGGGUGCCCAUGGCCGUGGCAGCGAUGGCCGAGCGUGGCCGCCUGUCGCACGCCGCGCCCACGCCUAGCACCGAGGGGCUACCGCGAGCUUUUCUCCAGAGCUUGCGCACCCUCUUCGACAUCCUGGACGACCGGCAGCGCGGCUAUGUGCACUUGCGCGAGAUCGAGUCCCGCUGGCAGGGUGCAGACGCACGCGAGCUGCCCUGCGGCGUGCUCGAGGGCCUGCGCCAGGUGGCCCCGGCCAGUGGCUACCUAACCUUCGAGCGCUUCGUGGCGGGCUUGCGCACCUCGCUGCUGAACGCCAACGGCGGCCGGAGGGAUCAGGCACGUGUCGCUCCCCGGUCUGGGGACCAGCCUACGCUGCAGCAGCGCCUGAUGUUCAUACCCGCCGACGAGCCGCGGACUGUCCUGGAGAGGAAGCCUCUGCCCCCGAGUGCGCGCCCCGCGCCUGCUGGCCCUAGUGGCACCUCCCGGAACCCUGAGCUAUUGUGUGUCCCGGCAGAGGCUGCACCCUCUCCCGAGGAGCCCGAGCGGCCCCUGAGUAAGGCGCUGGCGCGGAGUCCUAGCGCGGACGCGAGUGCAGCAGCCUGCAAGACGCUGGACGUAGGCACAGGUGAAACGCGGCCGGCUCCACGGGCCCGAGGCGAGCGUCGAAGGCAUACCAUCACCAACGGUGUGGACUGUGGUCUGUUGAAGCAGAUGAAGGAGUUAGACCAGGAGCAGGAGGUGCUGCUGCAGGGCUUGGAGAUGAUGGCUCGGGGCCGCGAAUGGUACCAGCAGCAGCUGCAGCGUGUGCAGGAGCGCCAGCGCCGCCUGAGCCAGAGCAGAGCUGGAGCUGACUUUGGGACUGCGGGGAGUCCCCUCCCUCUGGGGAGGUUGCUGCCCAAAGUCCAGGAGGUGGCCCGGUGCCUGGGGGAGCUGUUGACUGCAGCCUGUUCUGGCAGAGCUCUGCCCUCGUCUUCUUUGGGGCCCCUGGGUCCCACCUCUCCCUCAACACCAGUGUGGCAGCAGCAGACCAUCCUCAUGCUGAAAGAACAGAACCGGCUUCUCACUCAGGAGGUGACUGAUAAGAGCGAGCGCAUCACUCAGCUGGAGCAGGAGAAGUCUGCACUCAUCAAGCAGCUGUUUGAGGCCCGGGCUCUCAGCCAGCAGGAUGCUGGGCCCCUGGACUCCACUUUCAUCUAGCUCGUGGUACCCCUCUAGGACAUGCACACAGACUUAGCCUCAGCUCCAUGGCACUGCUGUGAGCCCGGCUUAGCCCUCGGAGCCCUUGAGGGGGCACCUGCCUCCUCUCUUGUGGUCCGAACUGUCCUGAGGCUUGCCCCAGGCUGGCCUGACACUACAUGGUGGGUGCUACUCAAAGUACUGCUCUGUGGUGCCCAAAGCUGCUACUUCCAUUGUCAGUGGAUGGCAGAGGACCAUUCCUCCUGUUUAUCUGAUUUUAGGCAGCCCUGAACAAAGAAGGGGGCAUGUUUACAGUCGUCCUGUCCCCUCGUGUAGGGCUCCCUGGGAUCCUGGUAUUUAGUAAAAAGUACUGGUCA